CCCCACCCUGCGCACGCGGUGGGGCAGGGAUGGCAGGCACCGCCUCUGGCAGAUCCACUGGCGUCUCUGCCGAGUGACCGAUGGUCUCGGGGUCCAACUGUCUGCUUGCUUCUCCCUUAGUGUGACUGACAGCCACAGGGCUGCCUGCCUGCCUGCCUACCUGCCUGCCUGCCUGCCUGUCUAUCUGUCUAUCUGACUGGCUGGACAGCUGCCUGUUUGCUUGACUUCUCUCUGUCUGCCUGCCUGAGCAGCACUUGUCUGCUGUCUGUCCAUCCCUGGUGCAGCGGAUCGGUCCCUGCCCCUACACUCUGUCUUCUGGCAGUGUGUGACCUCUUUGGGAUGUGACUGAUCGUUGCCUCUGCGUAGCCUGCCGACAGGGAACGCAACUGCCGUCCGUCUGGUUGACAGCUCCUGUGCUGUUGGUCGGGGGGACUCCGGGCAGGUUGUGGCUUCCCACCUCAAACCCCUGCCUGUUCUCCCAGACCCCCAUUUCCCACUCCCACGCUGAGCAGAGCUGCCACUCGUGGGAGCCCACUGGAUUGCCCUGAGCACACACAAUGGAUUUCUGAGGGAGAAGUAGAAAGCAGGCCCUGUUCCAAGUGCUUUACAGAUACUGACUAAUUCUCCCAAGGACCCUAUGAGGCUCCAGGAGGCAGCAUGCUGUGUGGCUGGGCUGCCCCUUUCCUCCUGCUGAUGCUCCAGGGAGCCUGGGGCUGCUCAGACCUCAUCUGCUAUACCGAUUAUAUCCAGACUGUCACCUGCAUCCUGCAGACAUGGACCGUGCACCCCGACAUGCUCACCCUCACCUGGCAAGACUCCUAUGGAGAACUGGAGGACGAUGUCACCUCCUGCAGCCUCCGCCCAUCCACCCACAACGCCACGCAUGCCAAGUACACGUGCCGCAUGGAUGUGGUCCAGUUCAUGGCUGACGACAUUUUCAGCGUCAACAUGACAGACCUGUCUGGCAACCAUUCCCAGGAGUGCGGCAGCUUUGUCCUGGCUGAAAGCAUCAAGCCAUCUCCCCCUUUCAACGUGACUGUGACCUUCUCCAGACAUUAUAACAUCUCCUGGAGCUCCAGUUACGAUUUCUUCGCGCUGAAGGGCAAACUUCAGUAUGAGCUGCGGUACAGGAAGCGUGGAGACCCCUGGGCUCUGAGUCCAGGGAGAACGCUGAUCUCGGUGGAUUCGAGACACAUCUCUCUCCCAAGCUUGGAGUUCCACAAAGGCUCAAGCUACGAGCUGCAGGUGCGGGCAGGGCCCCAGCCUGGCACCUCCUUCAAGGGGACCUGGAGUGAGUGGAGUGACCCAGUCAUCUUUCACACUCAGCCAGAAGAGAUAAAGGGAAACUGGUACCCUCACCUGCUUCCCAUCCUGGUCCUCGUGUCCCCCAUCCUUGUCUUCUUAGGCCUGAAGAUCCACCUGCCUUCGAGAUUGUGGAAGAUGUGGGUGCAGGUGCCGAGCCCAGAGCACUUUUUCCAGCCCCUGUACCUGGGCCACAGCGGAGACUUCAAGAAAUGGGUGGGUGCACCCUUCACUGCCUCCAGCCUGGAGCUCAGACCCUGGAGCCCAGAGGCGCCCUUGCGCCUGGAGAUGCACAGCCAGUGCUCCCCACUGUGUGCAGCCAAGGGGCUGGUGCUCACAGAGCUGCGGAAGCCCACAGACCUGGUGGAAUCCGAUGGGGUGCCUGAGCCGGGCUCCUGGGGCCCAGCGCCCUCCACCACUGGCAGCUUGGGUGGCUCAGCUUACAGCCAGGAGAGGGACCGGCCGUACGGCCAGAUAUCCAUCGAAACGGUGACCGUGGUGGACGCAGAGGGGCUGUGCGGCUGGCCCUGCACCUGUGAGGAUGACGGCUACCCAGCCCUGAACCUGGACCCUGGCCUGGAGUCUGGCCCGGGCACUGAAGACGCGCUCCUGCACACGGGGACUACAGUCCUGUCUUGUGGCUGUGUCUCAGCCAGUGGCCCUGCCGGGCUUGGGGGCAGCCUGCAGGACAGGCUAAAGCUGCCCCUUGAGGAUGAGGCAAGUUGGGCCCCAGGGGUUCCCUGGAGCAGCAGGCCGCCCCGAGGGGUGUCGGACAGUGAGGCUGGCUCCCCCACAGCUGGCCUGGACAUGGACACGUUUGACAGCGGCUUUGCGGACUCUGACUGCAGCAGCCCUGUGGAGUGUGACUUCACCAGCCCCAGGGACGAAGGGCCCCCCAGGAGCUACCUCCGCCAGUGGGUGGUCAUUACCCCUCCACCUGGGGGUCCGGGGCCCCAGGCCAGCUAGUAAAGUAGACUGGCCAUCCAGAGCCGGCCAUGCUUCUGGGCCACGAGCCAGAGACAGGGUCACCUGGGCUGUGUGUGAAGAGGCCUGCAGCCCUUAGUCUUCCUGGUGGGGCCCCUCGAUGGGGCCCCUGAGCCCAGUGUUUAGGAUGUGCGUCUGGGGCUCUGGUGCCCAAGUGCCCAUGGACACCGAGCAUGCCCAUGGUUAUGCCGUGUGCUCAAGGCCGCAUGUGUCUGUACCUACCUGAGCUCCCUGUGUGCACAAAUGCCUCUGUGCAUGUGAUGGCAGCCUCCCUCUUUCCCAGGCACAUGGGGUAGCCCCUGGAUCAUGUGCUAACAGGCUGAUCCAGUGCUGCCCACAGGCCCUGCUGGGACCAGGGCGCUGCCUGGGGCAGAUCAGCCCUCCAGAUCCUGCAUCCAGGAGCCGCCAGAGUCCAGACUGUUCCUUUCAGGGGCCAAGCCCAUGGUGACCCUGAGGGUGGGAAGAUUUGGGGGGCGGCCAGCGGGCCUAGGUCUGAAUCCUGACUCUGACGCCUCCUGGCUGUGCCACAUUGGGCAGGUUGCUUUCCCUUUCAGGGCUGGAGUUUCCUGUCUGGACAACGGGGGUGGCGUGCCCUACCUUGGGGAGAAAUUGGUGAGGUCGCCCAUGUAUAGUGUGCAGCCCAGACCUUUAAUAAACAUCAACUUCCUUCCUUCUGUG